AGAGUUUUAGCGCAUAUGGAACAGAAACAGGAAGUUACCGUCGACAUGGGCGAUGUAAGCAAGCUCGAUCGCCGUCUGAAAAAUCUUCUGCUAGAAGACGAGAGCAAGGCAAAGUACAGUGCAGACAUGUGCUUUCUGGACGUCUCAUUUGCGC